UUUUUGUUCUGUUCAAUUAAAAACUGCCAAGUGUAUAUCUGGCAAAUCUUUUCUGUACACAUAACGGCACUGAAUUCACGUAUAUCACACCCUAGAACGAUCUCACCGUAGACUCCUACGACUCUUUCUCUAAAAUUGUUUUGAUUUUCCGUGUAAAAUUCUUCCAAAAAUAUUUUCUCAUUUUUGAGUCACAGUCAAGUUCUUACAAUUUCAUUUUCUCUACACUAUUGACCACUGCUCCCCGAGCAGAUUAGCGGGAAAACCCUAACAGCGAUCGAUUAAAAGAUUUAGACUAGAAUUUUCGUUUUCUGUAUGAGUAGAUAUUUUGAUUUUGUUUGUAUAAAGGUCGAUCGAGUUUUGUAAAUUUAUUUAUGUAAUGAGUUCAAGAGCGAGAUAUCCACCUCCGGGAAUGGGCGGCGGCAUGAACCCAAACCCUUUUCAACCUAGAAAUCCUACGCAAAACUACACGACAAGGGGCCCAACACCGAAUAAUAUGAAUCACCAGACGUUUCAUAACCCUCAGCAACAGCAGUGGCUCCGGAGGACUCAGCUUCCGCCUUCUGACUCAACUGCCGAUGAGGUUGAAAAGACCGUACAGUCAGAAGCGGUUGAUUCGAGUCCGCAAGAUUGGAAGGCAGGGUUAAAGUUACCACCGGCGGAUACCCGUUACAAAACAGAGGUAAAGAGUUCAAUGACAUGCUUGUCUAUGUGUUGCUCACUUCAUUUUAUCUUCUGGGAUAUAUUUAACUACUGCUGUUAGUUAGUUUCUUUACUU